GAUUUUUUUUUCUUUUCAAGCCAGUGCGCAUAGUUUCCAAAUAAACGGUAGGCUACUGGAGGACCUCCGACGCAAACUUCGGAGCCUGGACUUGUUUUGUCGCUGCAAUGCUUAAGUUUGUCACACUCUUUUUCUGGCUACAUAUUUUCAAUGGUGUUGCAAGCCGAACGACCCCAUACGCUAAAAAUGGCAUCAAGACUAUUGAUAGAAAUCUGGCUCCGGGACAAAUUACCUUGAACGAUAUGUUUAGAGAGGUUGAAAAAUUGAUGGAGGACACGCAGCAUAAACUAGAGGAAGCGGUACAUCAGAUAAAUAAUGAAAGUGCUAAAUCUCAAUCUUAUGCGCAAGACCUGGUUCCAAUCUAUCAUAAUUUGACCCAUUCAAAAGACGCACUGGAUGACCAAGCCAUGCAUAUAGUUGAACAGAUCAAAAAGGAAACGGACAAUAGGACAGGGGAGAUCCAUCUCUCCAGAACAGUGAUUCAGACCAGUGGCAGAUGGAAUGAAGUCGACCAUGAGUGCCUGAUCGAUGAGGACUGUGGAGAGGGCAGCUACUGUCUGUACCAAGUCCUGACCUCCAGAUGCAUACCCUGCCAGGCCUCCUAUGCCAGCUGCGGAAAGGACGAGGAAUGCUGUUCAGGCCAAUUGUGUGUGUGGGGAAAGUGCUCACCAGACGGUGUAAAAGGACAGUCUGGCAGCAUCUGUCAGUACCAGAAUGACUGCAGCCCUGAGAACUGCUGCGCCUUUCACAAGGAGCUGCUCUUCCCAGUGUGCACCCCGCGACCCCAGGAGCAGCAGCCCUGCUACAGCCAGCCCAAUAUGCUGAUGGACCUACUGCUGUGGGACGUGGAGGGCCCCAGGGAACACUGCCCCUGCGCUGGGGGCCUCGAGUGCCAGCCCCUCAGACGUGGAUCACUGUGCUUGGAUGUCAGAGGCUCAUCCGGUGAGGACAGCCCAGAUCCAGACUUUCUGUGAAACAUCAAUGAGUUCCCAAACAAAAGUCUUGUGAUUUUUCUGGCUCUAAAUGUUUGUUUUGUCUCCACUCUAUGAUUCAUCAUUGCACAAACAGAUGGGUGACAGUACAUUCAUUUACAAUAUGAGCCUGCAGGUAUUCCAUGUUGUACAAGCAUUUCUGUUGUGACCCAAACCCUAGCCCUACUUUCUCUGUUGAAGAGAUGUAUUAGUAGUUAUUAUGACAAUGAAUUAAUUGUAUUGUAUCUGUAUAUCAAACACUUAUAUUUAAAUGAAACAUACCUUAGUUUUCUUGCAAAGAGGACUGUUGAAAUCUAUUAAAAAUCCUUGACUGCC